AUGGCCGACCUUCAUUCGGCCUUGAAGGCGCUGGCUCCUUGCAACUUCUCCGACAUUCCACAGCAGCCGGAUGAGCUUGAUCGGUUCAUGGCAGAUUUGUUCGAACAGUCCCAAUGUGUCGUCGAAUCCAUACCUAUCCCUGACCCCGAUCCUUCUCUCCAACGAGAUCGUGCACAUACGGCUGGAUAUGUGGCGUCCAACGCCUCGGAGAUUGCCCCAUCGCCCGCCAGAAGUCCUCCGCCUGCCCCCAAAUAUGCGGCUCUGCAGAAAGAGUGGGGAAAGACGGUCAAGCUUUCUCCCAAAGAGAAUCCCCUGGGCCUGUCUGUGUACAAACUCGCUGGCAAAGAUGGGAAAGGGGCCUGGUUCGCCAGGAGAAGUGUGCAUGAAGGGCUAGGGUUCAGUCGCUUCAAGCGGGCAUUUGAGCGCGAAUUUCCCACGUCCUUGGAUGUGAAGGGGGCCCCAGGCGAGGGAAACAUCAGAGGCAUUGGGGCGGAGACGCGGGUGGAAGACAUUACGGUUCCAAACCGGGGCAAGAUAGAGGUCUACCAGCUCAGUGCCCAAUUCCCAGGACCAACGACACCCAGGGACUUUGUCACACUUCUCGUCACCUCAUCCAGGGCGAUCAAGCCCUAUGGCGAGGCACAAAAAGUCCCUGAGCUGGCGCCACGACAUUACAUGAUUAUUUCCAAACCCUGCAACCACCCAGAGACGCAACCUCGGGAUGGUUUUGUCCGUGGUCAUUACGAAUCCGUCGAGUUCAUUCGGGAAGUUCCCAGAAAGCUCAAAGCCACGAUAUCCUCCACAGAUCUGUCACGUCUCAGUCAUGACAGAGCAUCGUCGCCAUCCGGUGCAAAGGCGGAUAUCCCUUCUCAUCAUAACACCCAGCAACACGACGACAAGCAUUUAAGAGUCGACACGCAAGGAUCGGCUAUCAGGGAAUUGUCUCCAUCAGGCAGAAAGAGAAGCGCCACAGUCGGGGUCCCAACUAGCCCAAGCAAAGCUGAAGAUCCGGGUGAGCAUUAUGAUCCUGAACAAAAUCCUGUCGAAUGGAUCAUGGUUACUCGUAGUGAUCCAGGAGGUAGCGUGCCGCGGUUUAUGGUUGAAAGAGGUACCCCUGGCAGCAUCUGCGCGGACGCUGUGAAGUUUCUUGACUGGGCAUGCCAGCGCGAGGAUGAUGAGGAAUCUUUGGACACCGCCGGUGCGAGGCCUGAUGGGCACCGGCGGGAGAGUUUCCCAAGCUGGGAAGCCAAUGGCACUCUUGCUGGAAUCAGAGAGCAUGAAGGAAGGCUGUCGACCAUUGCUGACGACCAGCCGCAACCGUCCACAUCCGAUGCGACUGCAGCCGAACAAACGGGGUCAACCAAGCAAGGAAACGUCCCUUCCCCAGAGCACUCCACCGCGUCGCCCUCGCAUGUAUUAGAAGCCGUCGCUGCAACUAUUGGCGCGUAUGCACCUCAGGUCAUCCGUGACCACCUUCCGAAUGCAACCGAAAAGGGAAUGCCCCUACCCGGGGCGGAACAAUCCGAUGAACAGCACAGCUUGUCAAGAGUCGAUAUUCCAGAAGGCGAUAGCGGCGGCAGUAGAGACUAUGACGGAUCUUCCACCGUUUCGGCCGCGUCCUUCGCUUCUGCUGAUUCACAUCUUGAUUCCGACGAAUCGCCUUCAGUGUCUUCAAAAUCCAUGUCCAAUACCCCGGAAAACCAACUUCUUCAGCAACAUGACAAGGAGAUCGCGAAACUCGCUGAACGUAAGGCUGCCAUGGAAGCAAAAUUCGCGCAGCAGAAGGAGAAAAUAAACAGCCAAGCUAGCAAAGAGACAGAAAAGGAGCAACAGGCAUUAAAGAAGGCCGAAGCCAAACACGAACGAGAACUGAGGAAACAAGAGGAGAAGUUUCAGAAAGAGCUCGCCAAGUUAGAGGAGAAGAAGAAGAAAGAAGCCAAGAAGAUGGAGGAGAAGAAGCGGAAGCAAACCGACAAAGAUGAGAAAGCCCGUCUGACCCGGGAGCGGGACGAGGCCAGAGCCGAGCUCGAAUUAUUGAAAAAGGAGCAAGAGAUCUACAUGCGACAAAUCGGCGAGCUACAGAAGGAAAACACAAUACUGACGGCGCGCAUUGGGAAGCUCGAGGGCAGUGGAUCGUCUCUUGACAGCCCACCGGGCGGACCUCAGCGACUUAGAGCCAUGACCAUGGCACAAGAAAGCCCAAGCAGGAGCUCGAGCCUUUUAGGUCGGACAAAGAAGAACAACGGCAACAAGUCAGACAUGAGCAGCGAUGGGCCAUGA